AUCUUCUUCCUAUUUUACAGGAUUCCUUUGAGCUUCCCCGCCGGGAUUCUUCCACUGAUCUCGAGAUGGGGAUGCAUCACCCCGAUGCCUCCCACAAUUUACAAGCCUUCCUCAACAAGGUCGAUGGCAUCGACAGCCUGAUAGCUAAGCUGGCCACUCUCUUCACCAAGCUCCAGUCUGCCAACGAGGAAUCCAAAGCAGUUACAAAAGCAAGCGCCAUGAAAGAAAUUAAGCAGCGAAUGGAAAAGGACAUUGAUGAAGUGGGCAAAGUUGCUCGUCUGGCGAAAACAAAACUCGAUCAACUGGAAAAAGAUAACUUAUCUAACAGGCAGAAACCUGGAUGCGACAAGGAUUCCGCCGUAGAUCGAUCAAGGGAACAGACUACUGGAGCUGUGAAAAAGAAGUUGAAGAAACGGAUGGACGAUUUUCAGGUACUGAGAGAGUCAAUCCGGCAGGAGUACCGGCAAGUUGUUGAAAGAAGGGUAUUCACCGUAACUGGUAAUCGUCCUGAUGAAGAGACAAUUGAUGAUUUAAUCGAGACAGGGAGAAGCGAGCAGAUUUUCAAAGAUGCGGUUCAGCAGCAGGGAAGAGGCCAGAUAUUGGACACUGUGGCUGAGAUACAGGAGCGGCAUGAUGCUGUAAGAGAUCUAGAGAGGAAGCUUCUGGAACUGCAGCAGAUAUUCCUGGAUAUGGCGGUAUUGGUUGAGGCUCAAGGAGACAUGAUCAACCACAUAGAGACACAUGUUUCAAAUGCUACCAACCACAUACAGCAAGGCGUGGGCGCUCUCCAGAAGGCAAAGACCCUACAGAAGAACUCGAGGAAGUGGAUGUGCUACGCCAUCAUCCUUCUCUUGGUGGUAGUGGCUAUCGUCGUGCUCGGGGUGAUCCAACCAUGGAAGAAGAAGUAACCCUUGAGCCACGACCCAACAUCUCGGCACGGCGGAAUAUAUAUAUAUAUAUAUAUACUGUUUUUUCUUCUUCUUCUGUUUGUGCAUUCUGUCUAGUUCUGUGACCGAUUCACACACUCUUCUACAAUCUCUGUAUGGCUAUGCUGAACCAUAUUGUUUGCCCAUAUCAUGUACUGGGGCUGCUGCUAUU